AUGGAAUUGCUGUCCUAUUCAGAGGCCCCGGCACCCGACAGCAUUUGCGUGCGUCUCCUCGUCAACUACGGUUCACGCUGUCUUCCCUGGGAACAGCGACGCCUGGAAAAAAUCUUUAAGCGCCUACAGGACUCUCUGGACUCCCUCAUCUUCCUCCACGGCGACUGCUGCUGCCUCUCCAAGGAGAAGUGUAAUCUCAGCAGAGCACAAGUGAAACCCCUGAUGCUGAACAACUCUGUCACCGAUCCACUCACAUUUGAGGCACACUUUAAGUACGACCUUGACGCCGAUGGUGCUGGACCGCAGGCUCUUAUUCGCGGUCCUCAUAGCUCCCCCUCUCGCUCUCACCUGCUGCGGGUGGACACGCUAUUGCAGCUGAAUGCGAACGAUGAGGAGGGCGGCCUAACAAGACCUGAUCUCUUUCACGUUCUGACAGCCGCCGUAGCAGCCUAUUUGGACCAAUAUUUGGCUGCUCUGGUCUUCUUUUUGACCAAGUAUCGGGCUCUACCACGGACUCUUACCAUGCAUCACUUUUUGGCGGAGGAUCGACUCAUUCACGUGCUUUAUCCCCCACCAACUGAGGCGGAGACUGAGUGGCGCGCACAAAUCCACGAAGUUUUUGAUUUCUUCCACUACGAGCUCUUCGAGCGGAGGAUAACGGUGCCAAACAGUGUGUCGAUAAAACCGUUGCUGAACAACUAUUGCUCCAUCGCCCGCCGGAAGUUGGAUGUGUUGGGUGAUUCUGACUUCUCUGCAGUUCACUCUGCUGCCCAUGCUGAGCGUACCGGCCACUUUCAUCUUCCUCUCUUUCCUCCUCAAACAGAACUUCAGCUGCCCUCGAGACCGCUCCUGCGCCGCGGAAUGGCCCUCUUUCCGCCACACAGUUUCCAACGUUUCUUGGGGCCCAGCUCGACCGACCUGGUCUGUCCACACACCCAUCUCUCCCUGCCUAGCGGCGACGGCACUUGUGAAAUCGUCCGUGGUCGGUACACCUACAAGCACUACCUCCAGGUUGGUUAG